AUGGCAGAAGGCGAACAAUACUAUUCUUACAUCCCCUCUGUUGCAGGUGGGGUAAUCGGAGUUAUCGUCUUCAUCAUCCUUCUCGUCGUCCACGUCUUUCGUCUUUACAAAACACGAACGUGGUUCUGCAUCCCGUUCAUCCUUGGAGCAAUAUUCGAAGUGAUCGGCUACGCAGCCCGCGCCUAUGGAAACAGCCACCCCUACGCACAAAGCCCCUUCCUCAUCCAGGCCAUUCUCAUCCUCCUCGCACCGAUUCUAUUUGCUGCCUCAAUAUACAUGUUCCUAAGCCGCAUCAUCUUCGCUACAGGCUACGCGUCCUAUUCCAUGAUGCGACCCAAAUGGCUGACAAUUACCUUCGUCGGCAGCGAUAUCUUCUGUUUCUUUGUACAGAUGGUGGGUGCGGCAAUGCUUUCUACUGCGACCACAAAAAAGAAGUUAGACCUGGCAAACACCAUCGUUCUAGUAGGACUUGCUACACAGAUUGUGAUCUUUGGCUGGUUCAUGAUUGUGGGAUUGGUGUUCCAUUUACGCAUUCGGAAGAGGCAUGACCGGAAAAUGGUGCUGCGUGAGUGGAACUGGGAGAGGUAUUUGAUUAUGCUUUAUAUGGCUAGUAUCAUCAUUACACUCAGGAAUCUGUUUCGUGUUAUUGAGUAUGCUCUAGGUGAUGAUGGAUAUCUUCUUAGCACUGAGUGGCCUAUCUACGUGUUUGAUGCCAUACCUAUGGCCAUCGUGCUAGGAGUCUGUAGUAUGUGGUAUGUAGGAAAGCUUGAUUUUGCUUCGAAUAGGCAAGAAGAUGUUGAAAUGAUGGUUGGACGUAGAGAAGAGAGUACGUCUCAAUCUUGA